AAAGACUGUAAGGGCUAUGAACAAAACUGUAAAUAACAUUACUGUAAAUACUGUUAUAAUAAAAAAUAAUAAUAGUAAAAAAAACUGAAACAAUUCCAAUUGCUUUAUUUACUUUUCCAUAUAUUUGCUGAUUCUCUUUAAGGACGAUAGCUGAUAGAAUUACAUUUGGUACUAUUAUAGGCUAAUUUAUUGGCAGUGAAUUAACUUAGUUUAAUCGUGUAAUCAAUUAUAUUGUUCGCGACCAUUGUUUUCUUAAAAUAAACCUAAAAAAUACACAAAAAAGUGUGUCCCUGACUCCCCUGUGUUGUGGGCCGAAGAGCAGUUUACGUUCAGCACGAGAUUCUCGCUGAGCAUUGCGGAUAGCUAAGGCGCCAUUUUGGGAAGGAGACAAGCAAAAGCGGCAAAAAUUAAAAAGAAAAAGGAAAAAAAAAGAACACAUUAAACAGAAUAGGUAGCACGAUUUUUUACCGGAAUAUCAAAAACAGUACGUGGCUUAAACGAGAGAUUGUAUGCGUCCUAUGAGAAAGGGAAAAAUAGCCAAUAGUGUCGGGUUUCGCAGAAGCCAAGGAAGAGCCAAAUUCUCAGGAGCUAAUCAGUUGUUGUAUGGUCAGUAAAGAAAGUGGCAGUGUCGGUAUUUACACUAGUCUGGUGAAUACGAAAGUGAAGAACUGUUGAUUGCAAAUCAAUAUCAUUGAAAAGUCCUAUGGAAACAAAUGUGAUCAACCUCCGGAGCAGCGAAAGGAAAAUAUUGUUGUAAUGUAUUCCCAAUGAAACAAAGAAGACAGAUGUCCUUUUGGAAGUGACAUUUUGCAAGAAGAGAUUAGGGAACCCCAUUAAACGUUAAAUAUGAAUUUUUAAAGUAGUCCAGGGAUAUGUAGAAAUUAAUUUACAAUAAUCUACAGUACAGUAUAUACAGUAUAUGCUAACCUUGUUCACAAAUGUGGUGGUUUGGCAUGGACCAAGCAUGAAUCCGUAGGUGAUAUUUAAUAUAUAUAUAUAUAUUUAUGUAUGUAUAUAUUUAUAAAUUCAUUUGGUUGUUACUUCGAUCUUAAUAGUCUUAAUUAUUAGUAUGUACCAGUAAACACGUUUAGGAUUCCCAUCCUCAUGUGUGGUGUCCAUUCAGGGAAUUUAUAGAUGAAGGGACUAGUAAAAAUUUCUCUGGGUUUCUUAUUUCAUUAUGUCACUAUUUUUUAAAUAUGUUUUUAUAGCUAGCAUGAGGAUGAUAUCCAGAUAAGUAGCACGUUUUCUUUUUUUUCUUAUUAUUAUUAUUAUUUUUUUUUUUCUUCUUUUUUUUUUUUUUUUUUUUACCAACUUUUGUUUUCAAAUCUAGACCAAUUUCAUUUCAGUUGUAAAUUUUUACGUUUAAAAUUUUCGAAGAACCCACACAAUGCUUCACUACUGCAUAGACACGGUAAAAGCCUGAUCAUAUGUGAUUAAAACAGAGACGUUCCUUAGGGAAACAUGUUUUUUUUAUUAUUUAUUUAUCUAUUUAUUUUUUAAUUCUGAAACUUGGAAUAAUUUAAAUGAAGAUGGCAAGCUGAUUGAGGAUUAAGUGGCCAGCAUUUGCAAAAGGACCCGAUCUGCAAGAGCAACUUGGCAGAAGACUUUCGGGAUUUAUUUAUUUAAAUUUUAAUAUUUGCUUGAGAAAGAGAACAAGAAACAAACUGGAACAGAGCGGUUGAAAGUGCACCUGUGGGAACGCCUUGUUGUGUAGUAGUUUGGACCUGCCAUGAGGUGUUAAUGCCUUGUUCAAAAUUCUUAAGACCUAGACCUAAAUGGCGCAGCAUGACUUUGCUCCAGCCUGGCUUAAUUUUCCUACUCCACCUUCGUCAACAAAGCCGUCUCUAAACUGUGAAAAGCAACAUGAACCAAAUGUGCGCCUGGACAACCGCAGUGAUGUAAAUCACAGACGACGUAAUUCUUCUGAUGGGUUUGAAUCUUCUAAUGGCUGUACUGGAGGAGGAAAUUUUGGAAGGAAGGAAAAGAAUGGUUGGCGAGGAAGAAAUGGUUCUGAAAGUGUGAAUUCCCGUGGUGGUUACCAUGGUGGAAACUCCCGCUCCAGGGCUGGUGUGUUUCACAGUGGAAAGAACCAGGUGCUACGUGAAAGUAACUCAACUAGGAAUGAAAAUGGGAAAAGGGAAGAAAGAGAAGCACGCAAGCAAUUUGAGGCUGAGGAUUUUCCAUCCCUUAAUCCUGAGUCUGAAAGAGAGCAAAACCUGAGCAAAUCUGUUGCUGCUGGUGUAUGGGGAGAACAUCCACCGAAUCCAAAAUCAAGAACUUCCAAAAUGAUGGUUAUCAAAAAGGUGUCUAAAGAAGAUCCAUCUUCUGGAUUUCCUGCUGCAGGACCUCCCCAUCAGCAACCAACCAAGAACGGAACGGGUCUGAGUGUCUUUAAAGGGUUAGUCCCGAAACCUGCUGCCCCACCUGUAAAGGGCAGCCGGUCAAGCUCUUCAUCACCCAUAGACAAGAUGACUCAGCCUCGUUUAAUGAAACUGACACGUGUACGAUCAGAUAAGAAGAGUGAGUUUUUGAAGGCUUUAAAACAGGACAAGGUGGAUGAAGAAGAUCAUGAUGACAGAAAUCAAUUCAAGGAUGACGAAACACUUAACAUGCAGAACAGUAACAAUAGUCAUCGAUGUAGGGAUGAGAAUCUGAAUAGAUAUGAAAACGAGGUCCCUCGAGUGAAUGGUAAUGCACUAGUGAUCCGCUCCUCUACCUUCCCACAAGCUGAUGUUCUCUCAAGCUCUCUCGAGGCAGAGCACAGGCUUCUAAAAGAGAUGGGGUGGCAAGAAGACAGUGAACACGAUGAGACUUAUGCUCCUUUAACAGAGGAUGAGAUGAGGGAAUUCCAAGCCAUUAGUGAACAGCUGCAGAAAAAUGGCCUUAGAAAAAAUGGUCUUUCUUGUGACUUUAAAUUUGGCACCUGGAAAAACAGCACUUUUAAACCCACAGUUGACAAUGAUGAAGCAGAAACAAGCAGCAGCGAUACGUCAGAUGACGACGAAAUGUAAAAUAUGUUGGCAUUUUGUGGACUGCCUAAUUGUGGUGAUUUUUUUUUUUUUCCCCCACUAAUCUCUUGUGCAGUAAGCUGCAAAAAAAAAAAAAUACUGGGUUUCAGAAAGAAACCCACUUUGAGAAAUUUGACGGACAUCUUUGUAAUGAAAGAAAGACAGAGUUCUCUAUUGGCCUGAAUUAAACAUUGCUUUUUUUGCUCUGUAAAUGGCCUUUGUAGUAAAAAAAAAAAAAAAAAAAAAAAAAAAAA